AUCAUUAUCAAACUAUGAGCAUUUAUUGAACAUAAUCUCAUCAUCAUUCGCUCCCCGCACUCUGGAAAUUAAUUUCCCCGCAAUUUGAGCAUGAUAGACUACGGCAGAUAUCAUUCGGCUUCCAGGCUACCUGGUCUCUUUUUGAUCAAGGCAAUAACCUACCAACCAUGGACUACCAACCAUCUGGCUCACAUUAUGCAGAAUGACCUGCCUAUACACCCGGUCAUUUAGCCCUUGGCGCAUAUAAAUUCAAAGCUUGAUCCUCAUAAGCAUAUACCAAGAUACCAAGCUUUACGAAGAUCGAAUCUAUCCUCUAUAACGUCAAGAACCGUGUCAAUCAUGCUCACUAUUACCCAUCUAUUGGUCGCACUGUCAGCCGUCACAGGCUCGCUCGCGACUCCGGUCGCAAAGUCCACGGGUGAUGAUAGUCCAGAUUUCGAUUUCAGUACCAACAGUAUCACGCGCCGACAAGACUACAACCAAAACUACAAAACAAGCGGAAAUGUCAACUUUAGCCCUUCCAGCAACGGAUACUCCGUGACGUUCUCGGGUGCUGGAGAUUUUGUGGUCGGCAAGGGAUGGAGAACUGGAACAACAAGAAACAUCAACUUCAGCGGCUCUACAAGCGCAACAUCUGGGACCGUGCUCGUGUCUGUUUACGGGUGGACCAAAAACCCACUCAUCGAAUACUACGUUCAAGAGUACACCAGCAAUGGUGCAGGGUCGGCCCAAGGACAAAAGGUUGGCACAGUCACCUGCGAUGGCUCUGUCUAUGACAUCUGGAAGCAUCAGCAAGUGAAUCAACCGUCUAUUGUCGGCACAUCCACAUUUUGGCAAUACAUCAGCAACAGGCAAGAUAAGCGUCCUGGGAGUGGGACCGUUACUACCAAGUGUCACUUUGACGCAUGGAAAGCACUUGGCUUGAACUUGGGGACGCACGAUUACCAGACAUUGUCGACUGAGGGAUGGGGAAAUGCCGGUGGUAACUCAAAGUAUACAGUCUCCAGCUCUUAGCCCCUUGUAUCGUGUCUGGCGAGUUCAAGCAAUACGAGCCCAUACAGGGACUGUGAUAGUCCACUGUAAAUUCCUAAAACGCUAUUUGUAUUGUAUACAAAGGAAAACCAAGAGCUUCACACGUUGAAAGUUUUUGUGCCGCAUCGUCUCAUAUUGCCUGUAGGCC